AUGAACGCCCCGCGGGGCUCCCGGAGGCCGGCGGCUCGGCGCAGUGAGGGCGGGGGCGGGGAGGGCCGGGCCGGGCCGCGGGGCUCGGGGAAGGCCGGGGCCUGGGGCCUGGGCCUGGGCCUCGGGGCGCUGCACACACAGCCCCUGUCGCGGCAGCAGCUGAAGCGGUUGGAGGACCACCGGUACCGCAGCGCGGGCCGCUCGGUGCUGGAGCCGCUGCUGCAGUGCUGGUGGGAGUGGCUCGUGCGGCGGCUCCCGCUCUGGAUGGCCCCGAACGUCAUCACCAUCACCGGCCUCGCGCUCAAUGUCUGCACCACGUUAGUGCUCGUGUGUUACUGCCCAACCGCCACCGAACAGGCGCCUCUGUGGGCAUAUCUGGCCUGUGCUCUUGGGCUGUUUGUCUACCAGUCACUCGAUGCUAUUGAUGGGAAACAAGCGAGAAGAACAAACAGCAGUACUCCACUUGGAGAGCUGUUUGACCAUGGCUGUGAUUCCCUCUCCACAGUUUUCGUGGUGCUGGGAAUCUGCAUUGCUGUUCAGCUUGGCACCAACCCAGACUGGAUGUUCUUCUGUUGCUUUGCUGGAGUCUUCAUGUUUUACUGCGCGCAUUGGCAGACCUACGUCUCUGGGACCCUGCGUUUCGGCAUAUUCGCUAUGACAGAAGCUCAGAUUUGUAUUGUAAUGGCACAGAUUGUGACAGUGAUUGGGGGCCCUUCAUUGUGGAAUAUGAUGAUUCCAGUCUUGGACAUCCAGGUGAAGAUUGUGCCAGCACUCUUUGUAUUAGCAGGAGCUAUUUUCUCCUGUACCAACUAUUUCCGAGUCAUCUUCACUGGUGGUAUUGGCAAAAAUGGUUCCACCAUAGCAGGAACGAGCGUGCUUUCCCCUUUCUUCCACAUAGGCACUGUAAUCACUCUGGCAAUAAUGAUCUACAAGAAAUCUACCAGCCAACUAUUUGAGAACAAUCCCUGCCUCUACAUUCUUGCGUUUGGCCUUGUUUCUGCAAAGAUAACCAACAAAUUAGUGGUCGCCCACAUGACGAAAAGUGAGAUGCAUUUGCAGGACACAGCAUUUAUCGGCCCAGGCCUCCUAUUCCUAGACCAAUACUUCAACAGUUUUAUAAAUGAGUAUUUGGUGCUCUGGAUUGCUUUGGUCUGGUCACUGUUUGAUUUAAUCCGUUACUCUGUUGGUGUUUGCAACCAGAUUGCCUCCCACCUUCACAUUAAUGUCUUCAAAAUCACUCCUCCAACAUCGCUGGGGAGUCAGCCAGACCACAACCAUCACCAGUGACCACACGUGUUCAUGAAAGGAGGAGACAAUAGAACACAGCCGAGGGAAUGUACAUAAAGAGAAAACUGAACAAAAUCUUAAUUUAUAGUUGAAUCAUUGUUCUGUGCAAUUUUUUAUUUAAAGCCUGAGUUUCUGAAUGAAGACUAACACGCCUAAACUAGCAUAUAAUGAUGGGAGGAGCUCAAUCUACCCCCUGUGUGCAUGCAUACCUGUAACGUUGCCUCAAAGGCACCUCAACACAGCUCAAAGGAAGUGGGUUCCCCGAUGGAGGCAUUGUGGGAAGAAUAAUCAUCUGCUCAAUACCUAUUGUGGAUUAACUCCAGUACCCGAUGUAGUUAUGAAAAGGUAUGUUCGGUCUAUCUUAGGUUUGGAAUUUUUGUCUAGUCCUACAGGACACACACAUUAGAGGUUUCAAAAUGUCUGUGCUUUUGUAUGCCAGUAUCAAAGGGUUUGGAAACUGGACCUUGGGAGAGCUAGAAGGCUGGAUAGUGGCUACGCAGCUGAUGCUGACUGAAGCCACACAAUGCUGGUGAGAUGUAGCUCACCACGAUUCUCAAUAGCAUAAACAAGAUAUUUUUGACUUUUAAAUUUCUAAGUCUUUUUAGGAUUUGAAAGAAAAGUAUAACUGGAGCAGUGGCACCUGUUGUGGAUUGUGUCCCUGAUCCAGUUUGUUAGUGUAUUUUCUGACCGCCCGUUACACCAGUGGAACUGUGUUCUACACAGAAGUGUACGAUUGAAGGGAAAUGGAAAGGUUUGUAUUGGUCUCUUGUGUCUAAGCGCAAGGCCUUUUGAUGUGCUUCAUCCCCUUUUUGUGAUGGAGCAAAGUGCUUAGAUGCUUAAUGUCAGUUUCAAUAAUAUCAGUGUGCAGAAUCUGCAAUGUCUCCAAAGGUCAGCCCCUGGAGUUGAAGCCAACUCACUGCCAGGUGGGUACUGCUGCUCAAGGACAGGUACCUCCACUUUGUUGUUGCCUCUGAGCCUAGAAAUAUCCCAAUGCGAGUCACAAUACCUUUCUGAUCACGCUGCUACAUAGGUGCUAUUAAAAGAAUAAAACAUUUCAAUUGUAAAUCUGCAUUGAGCAAUAAUACAUUAACAAUUGCCCACUUUGCAAAUCCUUUGAACCUAGAACAUUUUCUGUGUAUUAGGCUUGAAACCCUCCCUCUAUAUGUCUUUAACGUGCAUUACAACCUCAAAUAGUUACAGUCCCUGGAAGUUGAAUGGUUCAUAGUUAGGUGUAAAUGUAAAGAUUUACUCUAUAAUGGACGAUGAUCCUACUCUCCAAUACUGAAUUAUCAAACGUUACUGUCUAUUAGUCAAAAAUGUAAUUCAGCCGAUGAGGAACAGAAGGGACUUGGUGUGUGAAUAAAUGCCACUCAGGACAUGCAGUGUUGGCCAAUCGUGGUGUGUUCUACCCCCUACCUCAUAGGCUGUUGUCAUUCUUCAAAUGGAAGUGUCAAGCACCUGAUCCUGUGUGGCAGUUGUAUGUGGAGAAUGAAGAGCCGUGUGACUAUCUCAUUUGAACUGAACUACAAAGUACAAAAAAAAUACAGAGCUUUUUUGUAUGUGGGUCACAUGAGUCCCAUCUAUAAUGUGGGCAGUGCAGUUCCUGUUGCUGUGCAUCUGUUGUCUGAUUUAUGAAUGAGAAUCAAUGGAAAUGGAUUAAAAUAAUCAUAAUCCAACUAUUCGGACAAGUUUUUGGAUUGCCAGGGCUAAUGGUUCCGCAGUGCCGACAUUAUCUACUUGUUACAUAAAUCUCUUCCUCGCCUCUCCGGCUGACCAGUGUUGCUACUGCAAGUUUGAAGUAGCCAUUGUAAAUUACUGCACGAUGAACCUUUCUAGUUGCCAUCACUGAGAGGGGUAUUUGUAACUGAGAAAAUGAUAAUCUAAUGGUAUACAGUGAAAAAUGGUUUGAAAUGUGCUGAUGAGGCUUUCAGUUGAAAGUUUCAACUGUAUUUCUCUGCAAAACACCCAUAGAACCACGGCCUACAGCCAUUAUCGGCAUAGAAGCAAAAUUGGGGGAACUGGAUUUGCUUAAGUCUGAGUAAAAAGUUCUUUGACUCAUUGUUGAUUGGUAACAAUACUCGUGGCUUGUACGCUUAUACUCUGGAGCACUGCUGUCAUGAAACUCACCCUUUUGACUAAAUCAUCACUUAUGUUAAGUAAUGUGCGUCUUUUGGAAAUGACAGAAAACAUUCCCCUCAUUUAUUGGUUAAAAAAACCUGCUAUAAAUUAGAAAUCUGUUUUCAAAAGUUCCAAAUGUUUAGAGAAGAAUAAAUGUCCUGUAUUGUUUGUUUCAAUAACAAAUGGAAAGAUUCUCACCGUUUGUGUAAUGGUAGUCUGGUGCUAAUUCUUAGGUUGGCUAUUGGUCCCUUAUCAACCUGUUAUAAAAUGGGUGUGAUUUGGCGCCACUACCACCAGUCUAAUUUGUCCUGUGUGCUGAUAACCUGUAGGCUAGGAUAGAGAAGCAGCGUAUAAAGUUAGCCUGCCCCUCUCUGUAAGUUGCUCUCGUUCAUCAGGAGCUUUACCAUAUAGUGACCUUAUGUAUGUUUUUGUCUUCUGCUAUGGAGAUCCUGGAUAACUGGACAAGGCAAAAUGGCAAUACACAGAAAGUCACCAUGCAUAUCUAAGGAAACCCUUUCAUAUUAUUGCUUUAAAUUGCUUUUGCACGAGGGAUCUUUGAUUUGUUCAGCAAUGUGAUAACGUGACACAAUCAGGCAGCGAUUGAGGGUGGGAAUGUGAAUUUGUAUUUCUGUGUUUUCAUUUGGAGUUUGAUCUACUCUGCUCGCGAAGCCCUACCCUUGGAUUCACAAACCAGUGGCUAGUAUUUAUUUUGAUCAAUGUGUAUUUAUUAUUAUAUUCUUUUUCUAAUGUGACACUCCUUUCUUGUACACAUACUACUUUCAGUAUUUUGAACAGUGCAGGGCUGUAGUUAAACAAACCGUAUAAACGUUGUUGGUGUAGUCAUUGAAAGGUCUCAUAUUUGGCCUAUAAAUUUUCAGACACUCCAGUUCUUGUCUAUUCUAUUGCAAUGCAGACUGAGUAACCAUGCACCAGUUUAUUACCUCCCCCUAAACCUCAGCAAAACCAGUCCACAUCUCAUUGAAAAUAACAAAACUAUGCAAAUCUGAAACUUGUGCACUGCCUGAAUUGGCUCAAAUUCCUUCACUAUUUACAGUGACUUGGGGCUCGAUGGAAAAUGUAAAAAAGCCACAAAUGUGUUUACGAAUAAAUAGCUUAGUGUGUUUUAUAACCUCACUUCCCUUAUAUUUACAGAACUUGGUUGGACUUGUACUUCUGCAGUUUUGUUAAAUUUGCAGCAAUUGGUCUCUUUCAGUAAAUUAUUACUCUUAAGCAAGAAGUUUUUUUUCUAUGGUGUGCUGUGAUUACUUGUCAAUCCGAAGCUGCACUCGGAUCAGAGGCCACAGCUGCAGCCCUGUCUGUCACCAGAUUUCCAAAAAGCCAGAGACAAUGAGAAUGAACCAAAGUGCUGUUUUCUGCCACGUUUUCAUGUGCUCUUCCUGACUGCACAAAGUUUUGACAUUUUCGUCACCAGUGAACAUCCAUCCUGUUGUGUAACUGGAUUUAACUGACUGGAUUCCUGUGUCAGCGCCUUUCACUUUGGCAACGGGAUGUAAUGUUUAGAUGAAAGCGAUGAAGAUUUCAUUUGUUUUUUUUUGCACAAAUAUACAUUUCUUUAUGUACAAACAUGCAAAUGACUUUCACCUAUUUUUGCCUUUUCAUGUAACCAAAACUCUUUGAAUCUUUAUGCAUACUUGUAAUUUUCUGUUGCAUUUAAUUUUAAAUAAAAAAACUAAACGCUGGUGUAAAUAAA